CCACUUCUCCAAGCUCCUUUUCGUCUUAUGGACAAAGUGGCCUCCGAACCAGUCAAGAAGUUAUCCAAGGAACAAGAAACUGUCGAAGCCAAGCGUAGCUCGAGAAAGACCCUGCGAUACAUUCGUGGCAUUUAUAUGUCCUUUGCCGUCAUUUCAGGGCUCAGUUUUACGUAUGCUCGCCGUUCGCUCCCAGCGGGCUCGUCCAUGGCCGGUGUCAUUCUACCUGGACUAUGGGAUUAUACCUUGCCUGUCGGUAGCUUUGCAGAGGGAAUUGCACGGUUCAUGAAAUAUGAUGAGAGUCUCGUUAUGGCAAGUGGAUUCGUCUGGCUGGGGUUGAAGUAUUGGGAGCUGAAACGGCACGGAUACCCGCUGUCGUGGUGGAAUACUAUGGGAAUGGCAGCCACGACGGCGGCGUUUGGACCGGGGGCUGCAAUGUCGUUGGGCUGGGGACUGCGCGAAGAGAUGCUGGCGAAGAUUGCUGCAUAGGUUUGCAAUGUGUGACUCUUCCUCCUGGACCGAAAAGGUGUCUGUCAGCCUCAGUCCGUCGCUCGUUGUGUCAUAGAUGCGUGAGUGGGUAAGGCUUAUGCAAGUCUCUAGGACAAAGCUAUAAUAGACCGUUCAAGAAACCCAACCUUGGCAGUUCGGCCCUGGCCGUGUAGUAUCGGAGGGG